AUGACAUUUGGCAAGGUCCUUUUAGGACUCCCUACAAAGCUCCCUCUCUGACCCAGUGAUAGGUAUGAACUGGAAAUUCAGCUUCUCUGCAGUCAGCCUGCUGCAGCUGCCCCAGCGGUACUUCCACGCUCCUCAAGCCGCCUCGAGGGCAGCUCCAAUCACUAAGAUGUGCCCACCUUACAGGUGGGGCAGCUAGUGAGCCUGUCUCUUUCAGCCUGCUACCUCUGAAGUCACUGCGGUUUAGGAUGGAAGCACCCUCCCCCUCUGCAGAUCCAGACGUUUAAACCAUUCCGUGGUCCUCCUGGCUCAACCCAGAGACAGCUGGAGCAAGGGGCCUCUUUGGAUUUGAGGGCUCGCCAGAGGAAUUUUCCACACAUUGCUACCAGCGGCCUGUCUCAGAAGUUCAGGGGAGGCUCUGUGGAUCCACUUCACUUCAGAUCAUGGCAAACAGGGGCCUGCCCCUUUACUUGGCCACCCUCUUGACUGGGCUGCUGGAAUGCAUCGGUUUCGCUGGUGUCCUCUUUGGCUGGACUUCACUGUUGUUUGUGUUCAAACAAGAAGGGUACUUUGCAGAGCCCUGUGAACAGGACUGCAUGCUCAGGAGCAAUGCAACAGGGCCCCCUGGCUCCAAAGCUCAGGAUGAGAAGUUCUCACUCAUCUUCACCCUGGCAUCCUUCAUGAACAACUUCAUGACUUUCCCCACUGGCUAUAUCUUUGACCGCUUCAAGACAACUGUGGCCCGCCUGAUAGCCAUAUUUUUCUACACCUGUGCCACACUCAUCAUCGCCUUCACCUCUGUGGACACUGCCCUGCUGCUCUUCCUGGCCAUGCCCAUGCUCGCCGUGGGAGGAAUCCUGUUUCUCAUCACCAACCUACAGAUCGGGAAUCUCUUUGGCAAACACCGCUCAACCAUCAUCACCCUGUACAAUGGGGCGUUUGACUCCUCCUCCGUAGUCUUCCUCAUCAUUAAGCUCCUUCAUGAACGCGACAUCAGCCUCAGGGCUUCCUUCCUCUUCCUGUCUGUCUGCAGUGUCUGGCACAUUGGGCGCACUCUUCUCCUGAUGCCUCAGGGACAUAUCCCCUACCCACUGCCUCCCAACUACAGUUAUGGCCUGUGCUCUAGGUUUGGGACCAGAAAGGAAGAGAAGAAAGCAGCCGAGCAUGAAACUAAGGAGCUUCAGUCAAAGGAGCUUUCAUCAAAGGAAGAGAGCUCUGGACCAGGGCAGCAACAGCCGCAGCAGGAGCAACGCUCUUUUCGAAGCUGUGCGCUGUCACGCCGGUUCAUCUUGCAUGUGGUAUGGCUGUCCACCAUUCAGUUAUGGCAUUACCUCUUCAUUGGCACUCUCAACUCUCUGUUAACCAGCUUGGCUGGUACUGACAGUGUGCAAGUCAGCACGUUCACAAAUGCCUUCGCCAUCACCCAGUUUUUCGGGGUGCUGUGUGCCCCCUGGAAUGGCAUGCUCAUGGACCGUCUUAAGCAGAAGUUUCAGAAGGAAGCCAAGAAGACAGCGACUGAAGCUCACCAGAAGGCAGAGUGCACGAGAGUCGCAGGAAGAACCUGGAGAGAUCGUGAGAAGGGAUCCUACUCACUGUGCCAUAGAGAGUUAGAAUGUGAUCCUUACGUGUGACUGGCAGAACAGAAGGUUGCUGGGACCCUUCAUCCCUUGGGAGCUGGAGGGUAAGGGAUAGAGAAACCAUGUUUGCUGUUCGCUUUGCCUGCUCCCGCUCCCUGCUCUCUACACCCUAGCCCUACGGCAGGAUUUUGAAAUCAAGUUUAGACAAUAUACCGUAUUUGCUUGCAAAUACUUCAUAGACUGUCCUUAACAGAGCCCCUCUUAAAUAAAUAUCACCAUGAAAAUCCCCCAUGAUUUCUUAAUAUUUUCUACUAUGCAGCUGCUUUUCAGAUCUCCCUGACGGUCCUCGGUGCAUCGUUUCAUGACUGGUUUGUUCAGUGUCUCUGUACAAAGUCCACACGGAGUUGAAAGGACAAAGUUCAAUUGAUGUGUUUUUGGCAUCUUUAUUUUUAAACAUUUAUUUGUUUAAGACAGGGCCUCCUCUAGCCUAGGCUAGCCUCCAAGUUACUAUAUAACCAAGGCUGGCUUUGAACCCACUCUGUAGUUGAGGCCUUGGACUCCUGGUUCUUCUGCUGUGGCUUCCCAAGUGCAGGGAUGACAGGCUUCCCCCCAUGUCCAGCUAGCGGACCUUUCUUCCUCUUCUUUCUCUGGUACCGAGAACAGAACCCCGAGCCUCACGGAUGCGCAGCGAAUGUUUUACCGCUGAGUUCUAUCCCUCACCCCGAUACUCUUCCUUUACGAUUUAUGUUAGUUAUUUGUUGAAGAGAGUGGAAUAUUUUUCCUGUCAGAUUUCCCACAUUUGGUCUUGGCAUCCUUUGGGUAUUUCGUGAAUGGGUUCCUUUGAUUGGACAUUUCCUGUAAAUAGGCAGAUUCGAAGCUUGGAGGAGACUCAAUUUUUCUUUUCUGGCAAGAAAUUCGUGGGAAUGGAGUUGUGGCCUUUCUCUGGUUCCUUUGCAGGCCCCUGCUGGUCCACCGUCUUUGCUGUUACGGCGCUGACAUAGGUCAGUUGCCUCGGAAUUUGACAGUCUGAUCUAUCUGCUAUAGAGCUUCCCAUUAGCCCGAGCAACUAAUGAUUUCACAACCACUGUGAUCAAUUUGAGACCCAUGAUCUGAUUAGAGUGCUACUUCCGUCUUCAGCUUUUAGCAGAUACGAUUCCUCCAGAAGACACGAUUUCUCGGACUGUUCUUCAUGCUGAAGGAGACGCCUGCCUUCCUCUUGUUUAACCAGUUUCAGGAUGUUUAAAAGUUACUUAUUUUUCUUUUGCAAACUUUAUUUUUGAGAAUUUCAUAUGUGUAUACCAUGAGAUAGAAUCAUACCCAAUUUUUUUUCUUUUUGAGGGAGGAUUGCUUUGUUUAAAAUUUUUAACCACACAAUAUAUCUGACAUGUGCUAUGCUUCCAUCCUGCUCUGCCUUCUUCAGUCCUGGAGACUGGGCUCAGGGCUUCUCCUCUGCUGAGCAAGUGCUGUCCCUCAGAACCACAAUCCUGGCCCUCACUAGUCUUUUAUAGACCUUUCCCUCUCCUGAGUGCUGGGAUUAGGGGUGUGUACUACCAUGCCUAGCUUAAAGUAUCUUUUAUUAUGUUUAUAUAGUUAUUUGUUGGUGGGGGGGCGGAGGGGUGCAUGCCAGAGUGAAUUUCAGAGGACAAUUUGUGGGGUUCAGCUCUCUCAUUCCACCAUGUGGAUCCGAGCUAUGGAAUGACGAUCGCCAGGCACCUUUACCUGCUAAGCCAGCUCACAGGCCCCCACCAUUCUUCUUCAGGCUCACGCUGACCCAUCUUUGUGGGACCGUCAGACAGGACUUACUAACUUUAGACAGCGUCCUUGCCUUCUAGAGCAGGGAGAGGAUCGGGUCUGUUGAAUUGGACCUGUUUCCUGCACUGGGCUUGAAACUGGUCAUCUGUCCAAAUACUCUUGGGUCUCAAUUGGAAACAGCCUUUAGAGACCUCAGUUUGGGUGCUCACUCGCUCUGUGGAUGCUCAUUCUUCUUAAAAUUAAUUUUUAUAGUUAGCAUGCAGUGUUGUAGGCUUCCUUAUGGCAUUUCAUAAUUCAGUAUACACUAUUCUUAUUCAUUCCUCAUCCCUACUGCCCCCUCGGCCCCGCCUCCUCCUGCUGGCCCCGCCUCCUCCUGCUGGCCCCGCCUCCUCCUGUUGGCCCCGCCUCCUCCUGUUGG